GUCGUGACUCAGUAUGUCUGUUGAUAGUACUUCCUGUGUGCGUAUCAUACGUUCGUGGUACAUUGUGUUUGGAGCACGAUGAAGUACGCAAUUCUUUUGCUCGCCGUAUUCGCCAUUCAAGGUAACUGCACUACGUUUUCAGUACCCGUGAUCUUAAUUUCAAUUCAUUGACAUGUAAUGUCAUUAACAGACCCAAAAUUAGACCGAUAUGAUAAUUGUUAUCUUUGUGACAUUUGUUAUCAGGUAUUCGAAGUCAAAAUUGUACUCGCACAAACCAUCAGAGCAAUAUCUGCGCUAAACCCUGUAAUCCAUCAAAGAAUGAAUGCGGUAGAAACGAAGAUUGUAUAUGCGAUGGUGACUGUGGCCAUAGUUGCGUAAAAAGAGGUAAGACGAGAAAACGGGCACAACAACCACCUCGUAUUUCCUAACCUGAACGUUUAGCUUUUCAGUUUCUUCUCUAAGGCGAAAUUUAAUACAACUUCUCAUGUAUAUUUCGAAAUUCUGUCUUUUGCAAAAUUUAAGAAUUUAAUGUAUAAAAUCAAAAUUAGCGUAAUCGCUGAACCGUGCUGAGACAGUAGUGAGAAGUGUUCCUCUUCAGUUUGGUCACAGCAGGACCACCUUGGCAACUGUCAUUAAUUAUAUUCCGUUUAAGAUAACGAAAGAAUAGUUUCUAUUUUUUUUUUUCAAAUGCAAGUUACAGCCUGUUUCUAUCUUUUUUAUUUCAUUUCUUAAUCAAAGCAUUCAUCGGGCCCUGCCAUCGUGAUUUAAUAAAUCACAUAAUUUUUUUUCUUUCUCGCCAAAUUCUUAUUUGGUUUGUAUUUGUUGCUAAAGACUAAUAUAAUACUGAAAUACUGCUCCAGUUGGCUGUGCACGCGCAUCUGGGCGCUCAGAAAAAUAGACGCGAUACUGUCAAAUGAGAUGGGGGUUUUCUGUUUUUAUCAGCUUUCCUUCUUCAGUUCCGUUGUUCACCAUUUGAUGAAUUGAGACUAUUUUAAUGCUGAAGCCCACGCACGUAUCACUCAUGAAUAGUGCGUGACGUCCUUGCGCGUUGACGCGUGACAAUAAAAUGAACAGCCUUAAUUAAUCAUAUACGUAGACUCCCUCGCAGCCAUUCUUUGGGAUAGCACGUAACGUUUGGAGCGCGUGAUAUCCCAAAUAACGCGUUCGAGGGAGAACAGGUGAAACAAGCUAUCCGAUGGCUGUGAAAAGUACACUUUGCGACAACUAUCAGAGGGGUUUUCCAUUUUAGCUUCAGCAAAGAGAUCGAUAACAAACCAAUCCAUGUUUUGUUUAAAUUUACAUGCAACUGCUCAUCGAAAAAGGAAAUCAAAGAAGAACAGCAUUUAAUUAGAUAUUUUUUUUUUGCUCUUAUGCUUUAAUUUCAAGGUUUCUAGGAGGAAGAGGAAUAUACCAAAAAAUUUCAAGGUCAACACCAUGUUUAUUUUUUGUGUUUUUAUCUACAGGCCUUCAGUGUCCACGAUUGAGCCGAAUUGAUAAAGGUCGAGUUAAAUUAAAAAAUACCACAUUUAGGUCAGUUGCCAAGUAUCAAUGCAGACCACCAUACAAGGCAAUCGGAUCUAAAAAGAGAACAUGCAGAGGAAAUGGCACCUGGGACGGUCAGGAGCCUGUCUGCAGUAAGUAGUGCACUCUUGCCUACUUUACACGCGCGAUUGUUUUAGAGCGGGAUGUGAUUUAGACUUAGUACACGCGAGUCAGAGGUCGCGUUCGCGAAAGGCAACGGGAAUCUCUUUCGCGUUUCUAUUCACUUCACUCGCGUUUUCUUUAAAAUCCCCGAUACGUGGGUUGUAAUAUAAUCCUAGAACUUUCAAUAAAUUUAGAAAAAUGUUUUAAAAGGAGAGUAAAACGCUUGCUCCAGAAUUCCAACCAGUGGAAUAGUAGGAGCAAAAAUUCAUCUGAAUUCAGGAUUUAAACACAGGACAAAAUAAUUUUCGAUUCCUGACGAAUUAAAGUUGGAAAGUUCUUAACACGAAGGGUGUUAACCAUUGUAGUUAUUUCGCUAUCUUUCAGUUGCAGUAACUUUCACUCCAGAUGUUUCUACUUUUUUUUUCUUCAGGGGUGUAAAUAUUGAACAGUUAGACUAUUCGAAAAAGGAACUUCUCGAUAUUUGUUGGGACGAAUCAUCUCCUUCCAUAUUACGCGAAAGAGAUGGUGCUUUACACUAUUGUAUUCCCUUGACACAUAACUUAGUGGAAUAAUAAGUCGCGAAAGAAAUUUGACACUACAAACACAAAAACACGUCGACUAUUUGCUCCUAUUUUCUGCUAUGCUCCUUUACGCCUUCUACAUAAUACAUGUUUAUCAAACAUAUUCCAGUAGCUACUUCACGUAAUAUUCAACAGGCGCAUUCUUUCCUUUCCUUUUUUUCUUCCGUUAAUUCUAGAACUGAUGUGCCCAGUCCCACCAAGAAUCUUAAAUGGUACAAUGAAGUAUGAUAGCUUAGAAGUUGGGCAAAAGGUGACUUACACUUGUUCGCCUGGAUUCGUAAUGGAAGGUAGGAACACAUUGACUUGUGCGAGGAGUGGCGCCUGGAACAGAGGUGAACCAAAGUGCGUAUGCAAGAGAACCAAUCGUGAACAUUGGAAAUUCUGUAGAAAACAAUGCAACCCAGGCACAUCCGGAAGCUGCAGAAACAACCAGGAAUGUAUUUGUGAUGGAGACUGUGGAUACAGCUGUGUUCCGAAAGGUUUGAAAAAGACAUAUCUCUACAUUCUGUUACUUGCAUUCAUGAAACGCUUUAUGGCCCUUUUACAAUUAUCAUGGGAAUAUAAAGCGCCAAGCUGUCCUUGAAAAAUGAUACAAGCAAGAGCAUCGUCUUUUCACAACUGAAAUACAUGAUUUUGUUCAAGAUUUCUUGUGUCAGAUUUUCACCUGUCGACAUAUCCGUUCUUGAUCUCCUGGCCUCGUUUUGUGUCGGAGAUUGACAGACUUAAGAAAUAAGAUAGCAUAGCCCAACGCAAUAUAAUUUGAGGGCUAUGGCCUUUAAAACCUGUAAAUUGUAUUUACAUUCCCUCGAAACCUUGAUUGAAAGCACUUUACUAGUCUUAUAUCAAUACCAAAAAGAUGAAGAGCGGGGAACUACCGACUAAAAGCCUCUACAUCAACUGUCAAAUGGGUAAAAUCACAUCGAAUAUGGCUAAUUAAAGCAAGGAGUGUAUGUGUUUUUCUGUUAAAUGCUAUACUUUUGUGUCUGAAUCAUGGUUUAAUUUGGGAAUAAGGCGCCGUACCUAGACUAGUCUGACAUCUCUGAUAACUCAUCGCUAAAAUAUGACUCUAUCAAUUAAGUGUUAUAUCUAUACCAAAGUAAACUUUUUGCUUUCAAAUGUAGCUCUGGAAUGUGGAAGACCAUCAAAAUUGGAGAAUGGAAAACAGAAAUAUUCCUCCCGAAGACUUGGGUCUGUUGUAAAGUAUAAUUGCAAUGAACCUUACACCUUGAUCGGACCCAAGAAGCGUACUUGUCGUGGCAUAAAGAGAUGGGAUGGCAAUGAUCCAUCAUGUAGUAAGCAAUGGUCUUUUUUUGUAUUGAGAUCAUGAAUAACCUUAGUCAAUAUAGGACCUCUUGAAAGGUUACUGUGUUAUUUGGUAAUUGAAAAGAAAUUAAGAAAAGAACGAGAAAAAGAAGAAAGUAAGAGUUAAGAAGGUGGUUUUAUUAUGCCGAAAAGAUGACGACGAGGAACAGCUUUUAAUUUUCUUUCAGCAAUUUAAAUUUGUUGAGGUUUUUUAUGCCCUGUUUAUGGCUCUUUUAGUAAUAUUGUUAAUACUCCAAGUAGUAAGCACCUCAACGUGAGCAAUCCUGUGCGAGUGUACGCAAGUACAUCAUGGACGGAAUUAUAGAACUAAGUAUCACAGAUGCGAUUCAAAGACGAAAUAUUUCACUGAAUUCUGACAGAAAUCCCUAGUUAUAACCCAGUUGCAUGAAGUAGAGUACAAAUAACUUGCAAAUAGGGUACAAACAUCAAGCGAUAUUGUACAGUUGGUUAUUUUGUAUUGUAAAACACCAAUUUAACCAGUCGACUGCGCGCGCUACGAGAAAUGAGCUAUAUACCUAAAAAAAGAUAGCAAUUGGAUAAUAAAUAAGUUAUUGGACGUUUUGGUGUCUAGUUAACAAAUAGAUUCCAAAUUGCCGUGCGUCUGUUCAGUAAUAGAUCACAGAUGACGUCAAAAUGUGGUAAGAACAAAAAAGUGGCACACGAGGCGCAGCCGAGUGUGUCACUGAUGUUCUUACCACAUUUUGACGUCCUCUGUAAUCUAUUACUGAACAGACGCACGGAAACUUGGAAUCUAUUUGUUUUAUAUAAUAAAGAAUUAAAAAAAGUUUUAACGAUUACGUCAUCUAUACGUCUGUCCUCCAAUAGAUCAUAAGUGAGAACCAAUCAGAAUGCGCGCAUAACUGAGCUUAUUAUAUAAUAUUGCUUAGCACUUUUACUCAUGGUCUUUAUACGGGCUCGUCAAACUACGGCACAUUUGGUGAAAAUGCUCAGUAAUACUCAGUAUGUAACACACCACAACCUCUAAAAAGAUAUAUUUACUCUAAACAUCAUUCUCUUUCAUCAAAUCUAAUGAAAGAGAAUGAUGAGAAAACUGUAAAUUCAAACUUUAGAAAAUUUAAAUUUUUUCUUUAUAAUAUGAAACACUACAAUUCAUCGCCGUUUGUUGGAGAAACGUUUACUUUUUUUCCUUCAAGAAAUCAUCUGUAAGGAUCCUGGAGAUAUCGAUUUUGGUAACAAACAACUCUACCGAAGAAAUUUCGAAGAAGAUUAUCUGGAAGUAAGAGAUAGAGUGGAAUAUAACUGCUUACCAGGUUACGAAAUGGAAGGCUCAAAAUAUCUUGUUUGUGGUUCAACGGGAGAAUGGGAUAAAGAUAAGCCAAAAUGCAAACGUAAGUUAAGCCGCCAAUUUGAAGAGUUGUUGUGUUUUUUGUUGCUUUGAGAGGGAUCAGGGUGGUACACUUUUCUUUGAAGGGUGUAAUUAUUCAUUUGGAACACAGUUUCCCCCAACACUUUUACAACCGGCGAAUUUAGAAAAAAAAAUUAUUCCUACUGUUAUGGGUAUAAGUACUGUCAUGGUCUAUCAUCAUUCAAUUGUGUGAUUUUCCCAAUCACUGUGAUUGGGGACCUUUUUUAUGUGAUAAUUUUUUUUUUACAGUUCCAACCUGUGAUCCUCCACAGCUUCCAGAAAAUGUCGAUUUCAGGUUGCCCCAUCAAAAAAAGACACGGUCGUUCAAGUUUCAAGAAAAAGUACUACUGAAGUGUCAAACGGGGUACUUCCAAAACGGAAUAGGCCUGCUAACAUGCAAAACGAAAGGAAAAUGGACUGGUUCUUCGUUCACUUGCUCUCGUAAGUUGAAAACGCCACCAACGAUACCAGAAUCACUUGGACAAAUUUAUAAUCAUUCACAUUAUAAGAAACAAACACUUGUGUGUUUGACCAAAGCAAGGGGCGAUGAAAAAAAAAGGUCGGCUUGUGGUAAUAAUAAUGAUAAUAAUUCAGGGGAGUUGUUAAGAGUAGUUAUUUUUGUUGCCAGGUUUGGACGCCAAUGAGCCUCAGUCCCCGCCUCAUACACACAGGCUGUUAAGGCUUUCUUUGCUUUAGUCUUGAUGGUAAAGACGCCGGUGUUACGUUAAUAUUUCAGGCAAAACAUUACGUCGAUGGAUAAGUUUUUCGGAAAAGUGCUAAAACUGGGCUAUAAAUCGUAUCCUACUUAGUGGUAAAGAUUGUGCUUUUCUGAUCAAUUAAUGGUAGUUUUGUUUCCUUUGUGUUCACAGCUAAAAGUUGUGGCAGGCCAGAAAUCCCUCUCCAUGGCAACGUGAAAUCACACGUUUUUACGUUCCGAAGUAAGGUUUAUUUUGAAUGUAACCCCGGCUUCAAGUUGGUUGGAGACAAGUAUCGCCAAUGUCAGGCGAAUCAAAAAUGGAGUGGACGUGUGCCAACCUGUAAACGUAAGAAAUGAUGCUACUUAGUGACUUAGUGUUUCCUUAGAGGCUGCUUUACUGAGCAAAUUGGAAAGGCGUCGGAGAAAGGGGAAAGAGCGUGAAAAAACAAAUUAGGGACUCAGCGAGCUCCCCGGAAUGAAAGAUAUUCAGGUAUCUUGCAAACGACAAGUAUCAUUCAUGCCAUAGAUUUCUUCCGGGACGAAUCUUUUGUGAAGAUUCAUAUUACCUGUUAUCCUUCACCACAGUCCCCACUCCCCUCCCCUUAAACAACUUAAAAGUUUUAUUAUGGUCAGUCUUCAAAGCGAUGGAGGAGUGAACAAAUCGGAACUAAGUUUAUUUGCUGCUGCUUUAUAAUUAUCUCCAUAUUUUUCUUUUGUCCUUUAAAGUAAUCGAUUGCGGUAGGUUGUCAACUCCACAUAAAGUUUUAAUAGUUUCGGAAACCGGUCACACGCGACUUGGCGGUUAUGUGAAAUAUCGGUGUAAGGAGAAAGGCUACGAGCUGAUUGGUUCGGAGACUCGAGUUUGUCAAAACGAUGAACAGUGGAGCGGAGUUGAACCUUCGUGCCAAAGUAAGUACUAUUCUUUUACAAACUAGCUUUAACAUUACACUUAUAUUCAAAAGAGAAUGAUUCAAUAUGCAAAGGCCAACCUAUAUUCUUCACGCAUUCCUGUCUCGCUGUUGUUCAAACUUAGUUUGGUUAUGAAUGUGUGUGUUUCAUGAAAGCUUGCAGUAUUCCAAAUGUCCUAGAAUGCCAUGCCAUUUUUUUAUUUGGCGUUUAAUCUCAUAAUCACGUGAGCGUUUGUGUGGCUAAUAAAAUGAAAAUUACACCGUCUUAAUGGAUAUGUGAUAAAGUAAGUGAUCCUAAAUUUUACGCGCCCGUGUAUUCCUGAUGCAUUUUAACCUUGAAAUUUUCUUUUUACAGUUAUAGACUGUGGGAAUCCAGAUGCCGCAGCUAACGUUAAACGAAUUAGAAUUACAAAUGGUUUUGAUUAUGGUAGCUCGGUGGAAUUCGCUUGUGAGGCGAAUUACAUUUUGACGGGAUCCAAAAUAAUAACCUGUGGAGAAACAAAAGAGUGGAGUUCAACUGCCCCAAGUUGUCUUGGUGAGUAAAAUUGUUACUAAAGAAUCUUAAUAGUCCAUUUUACAGUUGCCUGAUUGCCUGCCAAGCCUUUGAACAGAAGUGAGGCUAAGGUUGACCUUGCUAUGAUACAAACGUUCCUGCUUGUCAAAUAUAAAUUACUUUGUUACAUCUAGUUAUGCUUGCUAGAUGUUGGUCUCUAUCAUAACAUGGUCACCUUCAGCCUCACUCCAAAUCAAAGGCUUGGCAACUAAGUACACAUCUGUGAAAUGUCCUAUUGAACGACAUUGUGGUAUAAUGGCGCAGGGGAGGAGGGAAGGUGUUGCUCAUUAUUGAUGCCAACUUCGGAGCUAAACAGAAGAUUAAAUGCUACUGAACAAAACAACAACAACAACAACAACGAAAAUCAAGCAACGAAUAAAUAUCUAAAAAAACGCAAGAGGGAAAGAUAGAAAUUAAAAGGUGAAAAUAGCUUUGGCAUCAACAGUUUUAAAGUAAUAAGUAAUGUUUAUGUAUUGAUUAACUCGACUGUUCAAUCGAAUAGUUUUCAGAUCGUAUGGUCAUGGGCCAUUUAAUCCAUUUUCCCUUGUAUUCUCUCAGAGCUUGUUUUCUCAUUUAUUGAAUACAUUACACGACAAACGGAUCAUUGUGCCUACAUUUACACGAAAUUUACCUUUCAGCUCCAUGUUCAGACCCUGGUGAGCCAGGGAAUGGAACAAGAAUUGGAGAUGACUUUAAGCAUGGGAAAUUCAUAAAAUUUACAUGUGAUGACGACUUUGAACCUGUUGGGAAAAAAACCAUCCAAUGUUUGGAGGGAAAGUGGAAUCACAAGAUACCCCAGUGCAAAGGUAAAAGAUGUAUUAGAUAUGAACGACAAUGGUUGUUCUAUGAUUAAUAAGCCACAAAAGCAAUCCAAUAGGAAAAUGUGAAGGGAAUGGAAGAUGUUGUUCAUUAUGGUUCUAUAGUUAAAUGAACGAUUAAUCGUUUACCUCGCAAUGUGGAGUCAGGCUAUCAAUCGCAUUAACCGCUUCGUUUCGACUUCUACACCGCUAAUCUUCGUCAGGCGACGAGGAUGAGAGUUUAUUAUUUUAAUUUUUUUUAUUUAACAUAUUUUUAAGUUUCAAGAUACGAACCAUUUUGUUUUUUGUCAAUAUCUUAGAUUAGUAAAUUAUAAUUAGUCACCCUGUCUUUGAUAAGUUAUGUAUAUGGCCCUUUUUCCUAGAAAUCUCGUGCGGAGAUCCAGGAACACCAACAAAUGGAAGGCAAACAAAUGUCAUCAAAAACUUUGCUUUCAGAGGAACAGUAGAAUUCCAGUGUGAUAAAGACUACACCUUGCAUGGCAAAUCAUCUCUUUCUUGUCAAAGGAACAAGACGUGGGAUGGAGAUGUUCCAAAGUGUUUAGGCAAAUAUCUCUCUAUGUGAUUAAAUAUUUGGGCAUUCAGAAGCUUAAGAACGCGAUCAAACUGUUUCGUAAUGUUGAAAAGCAAUAUAAAUAAGCUCGAAACGAUUUCCUCAUUUCAUAACAAGUUAUCACUUGAUGGUCGUACACUUCCAUAAUUUCUCGGUAGUUUCCAUUGCAAAAGUACAACUUUUCGAGAACACGUUUCAUUAAGUCAUGGUGCCUUCGGCUAAAAAUGAGUUUUGUAGCCCCCGCUCUAUUUAUUAGCGAUCGAGAUAUCGAUUUUUAUACUGUGAUACAAUUGAAAAAAAAAAAAGGUCUCACGCUUUGUAGUGUAAGCAAAAAAUUCAAGUGCUCGGUCAAGCAGAAAGUUUGAACGUUCUCCAAGCAUCUGGCCUACAUCAUUGUACUGAUAUUCCAUAUAAUUCUCUUUAAGGAUGAUUAGUGCAGCUUUUAGCUCGCGAGCUGCUUUCACUCACGCUCAUAGGGUAUGAUUUUAGACAAAUGCUGUUAUUUUCAUUUUUUUCUAUUUUGCAUUUUUAGCAUCCUGCUCUGACCCUGGUACUCCACUUCACGGGGAAACCAUUGGAAGUGCUUUUGAACACGAUUCAGUCGUAAAGUUCCAAUGUUUACUCAACCGUGUUUUAGCUGGCGCCUCGAGGAUGAAAUGUAACAACGGGCAGUGGGACGCACAGCUCCCAGCAUGUAGAGGUAUGAAAGUUGUCUUAUGUAAUUGAAUAUCGUUGAUUUGUUAGAGAGCUAGAAAUUGUAAAGAGCAAUAUGGCCGUGAUAUGUUUGGUGCAGUAUAGUAAGUAGACGCUAGUUGUGAAGAAGCAAAAAAAAGUGUAGAAGUCAUCCAAUUCGUGUUAUGGUAAACUUCUUCCAAACGCGACAUUGUGACAGAGAACUGACACAUAGAGAACGAUGGGCUAAGCUCAAAACGUCAGCUAUAGAAUCUCUCUACAAUGGCCAAUUCAAAUUUUCAACUCAACUGAUUAUAUCAGAUCAUCUUGUAAUACUUCCCGACGACUUAGCACCACAAUUUCUUUCGAAACUUACCACCCCUAAGAGGUUAACCGGGAAAUGACCAAAAUUUUUAUUGGUAAGAGAUAUUUAUUUUCCUCAUUCGCUCUUACGGUUGAUUAUUGUUACGACACACUCAUCCAUAAUAACACGAGCCCGGAAAAAUGAGCGAUAUACGAAAGUGUAGGACCACAUUCGCCCAUCCCUUCGCACUCCGCUUUGUUAGAAAUGUACAAACAUAGUCGGUUGUUUCGUUUAAAACUUCUGAAGCACGGAGUCUAGAGCCUGGGUUACAAGCUUAGGCAAAAACUCAGUGGAGCGAGAGAAACAAUGUUUCGUUGUCAUGUUAAAGUCUCUUCAAUUGGAAACCUUUAAAAUGGAAUUGAAACUACAGAAACUGGCGGCAACUUGCAUUUUUUAAUUUGUAGCUUAUAGCUCAUUGUCCACUUUAUUUUUACGUUUAAGAUUGCGACGGACCCCUGAAAACCUCCAGAGGAAAUAUAAAGUGUUCAAUCGAAGGACAGAGGAAUAAUACUGAGAUAAACCUUCAAAAGGAAAAUAUUAUUACGGCGGCAAGUAUCCAGCUGGGACAAGAUAAAAGAAAUGUUCUACAGAUUCAAAUAAAAGCGCUUCUUUCCAGCAAAUGGGUACCCAUUGUCAAACCUUUCAAGGUAAAAACCUGAUUACAAUAUUUCCUCUUAUUUCCCGUAUUUUUCUGCUCUGGACUGUGGAAGAGUGAUAAAGUGAAAUAUGAAAAUUUGACAAUCAAGUAGCAUAGUCAUAUUCGCUAGCACAAGUAUAACAUUAGAUUUUUACUCCAACAGCCAAUUUUCAGUGAAGGAGUGAGAACAAUUAAACUUCCUCAACCGGUUAUUGCUCAGUCUUUGCAAGUUCUGUUAAUCACCAGACAGGGACUCUCUAGUUGUUUAACAUCGACAUUAUAUGGAUGUGACGCAGUACGUCGAGGUUAGGCUACUUAGUUCAUAGAUGAAUUGUAUCUUUUAGUUCUCUCUCCAACACUCUGUUUAGAUAAACAUCCACAAAUUAAAAUGGAACGGUUUCAUGACUUAAAUGUAGAAAAUUAAAACGUCUUUUCUUCUAAAAUCACAGUGAUUAGCGUUGAUGGUUGCAUAAUGUAUUAGAUAAAUCUUUUAUAUGAGAAACUGUUCCGAGUUCAGCUUCAAAAUCACCUCAUUUUUAUGCAAUAACUAUUCGUAUUGUUGUCUCGCCUCACGUUUUGCGUCCUUGUCUUUUCAGGUUGUAUCAUGCCAGGCUCCGCAGUCCUCUUCAAAGAGGGAGGAAAAUAUCGUAAAGGGCGUUUUGCAUUUGCCACGGGUGUCAAGUUGGAAGUCAUUGAAGGAAAACAAUACAAAUAUUUAAGCAAAGAUGACAUACUAAUUCUUGAUGAGAAACCUAACAUCAACCAGCUAACUGAAGGCACUAUAGUCGUUGGAACAGAUUCGCAAGGGAAAAUAAAGAGGGGAAACAUAAAAAGAUCGUGCAGUUCCACUUCCUGUCCUAUUGAAACAAACGGUGUAGAGUGGCAGAGCAAAUUAGAAAACGUUCGAUUAUUCAAAGGAGAAUUGUGUAAAUAGUUCACGUUCAUAUGUUAUAUAAAAUGUCUGAGCGGAUGUUGGACUGUAUUGAACAAUCUUGAACAAUCUAUCUUUCACUUUUGACGGGCGCAGAAAAGGUGGGCUCGUGCUCACUCAAACCCUACUAAAGAAAGUAAGCAGCUCCUGAGUGUGCUACUGUGUGCGCUUUUAGAUUUUUCCGUUUUUAAUUUCUCUGUGGAGCAUAGGACCUCUAUUGUAAAAUUCCUAUACUCAAUGUGUUGUAAGGGCUAUUCAAAUGACCUCUAAAAAUGCAUCUCUGCAUUUAUAAAUAAAAACUGCAACAGAUAUUUGACGAUUUUUAAAAGACAAGGUUGAGCAAAAUAUUGUGGCAAGCAGAUAUACAAUUUGCCGAAGCCGAGACGAUAUUACGCCUAGGGCAACCAGAGGCAGUUAUGGCAAGUCACAUGAUAGUAUGUUCUCCCGUUUAAAAGAGACAAAAAUUGAAAAGGCAUUGAGUGAUGAUGUCCUAUAAUUGAUUCCCACAAACUUAAUUCGAAGCUCGAUGACGGCUCGAUGACACCCCCCCCCCCACGAAAAAUAAAACUUGUUUUGGUACCUUUUUACUGUUUUUUUGUGCUGUUCGCACUUUCAACUCCCUAUGCAUAAUUGUUUUGUCAAAUUUAUGUUGGCUUUCUGGGAAAAUUUAAGUUAUGUUUAAUGUUAUUUAAACAAGUAAAUUUUAAUAAUUUUGUUUGGAAUGCAUUACUUAGUUUUGAUUUACUAUUGUACCGUUGAUUUUAACGUACGAUUCAGCUUUAGGCAUUGAUGUCUAAGCACUAAGAGGAACAAGGGAAGUGUACAAGUUGUUCCGCCGAAAACUGGUUAAUAAAUGAAAAUUGAACAGAGCCGG